AUGACCAACCUCUUGAGAAGUGUUGUCACUGUCACUGAUGUUUUCUACAAAUACACCAAGAAGGAUGGGGAGUGUGGCACACUGAGCAAGGAUGAACUAAAGGAACUCCUGGAGAAAGAGUUUCGUCCAGUUCUGAAGAACCCAGAUGAUCCAGACACAGGUGUCAUCAUGUAUAUGCUAGAUCGAAAUCAUGACCAAAGAGUGGACUUUACUGAGUUUCUUCUGAUGGUAUUCAAGCUGGCUAUGGCUUGCAACAAGGUUCUCAGCAAAGAAUACUGCAAAGCUUCAGGGUCAAAGAAGCACAGACAUGGUCGCCGACACCAAGAGGAAGAAAAUGAAGCAGAAGAGGAAGAAGAGGAUACAUUCGGACAAAAAUCAGUUUACAGAUAUUCAAGUUGCAGUGAGGGAGAGGAGCAUGGUUAUGGUUCUGAGAGCUCGAGGGGAACUGUGAAACAUAGAUGUGGGUCCAGCUCUAGGAGGCUGGGAAGGCAAUGUGGUUUAUCUAGCUCAGAGAGACAAAAGGGAUCUGAAAAAAGGCUCCUUGGGUCCAGCUCUGGUCACUCAUAGAGUAGUGGCAAAGAAAGACAUGGUUCCAGCUCUGGAGAGCUGGAGGAAAAAAGAAACAAGUCACAUGUUAGCCCCUCUAGGGAAUCUGGGGAGGAAUAUGAACCUGAAUCUGGAUCAAAGAGUGGGGGAAGGAAAGGUCAUGGUGGUCUGUCACGUGGAUUAGAUGAUAGUGAACAUGAUUCAAACUUUACUUACCUAGCUCCUGUAGCCAGUCUUCUAGUCAGAGAGGAUAUGGAUCUAGAGCAUGUGGUCAGCCACAGAACUGUGGAGGACAACAGGGAACAAGUUCAAGUCAGUCCUCUUGUUGUGGACAAUAUGAGUCUGGAGUACGUCAGUCUUCUAUUUAUGCUCAACAUGGAUCUGGUUCCCAUGGAUACUCUUCAAAUUCUCACCAAAAAGGGCCUGGUUCAAAUGAAUUUUCUAAAUGUGGUCAACAUAGAUCCAGCUCAGGUCAGUCUCCUGGCUUUGGACAACAUGGGUUUGGACCAGGUCAGUCCUCUGGCUUUGGACAACAUGGAUCUGGCUCAGGUAAAUCCUCUGGCUUUGGACAAUAUGGGUCAGGCUCAGGUCAGUCCUCUAGCUUUGGACACCAUGCGUCUAGAUCAGGGCAAUCUGGCUAUGGCCAACAAGGGUCUAGCUCAAGUCAAUCAUCUGGCUUUAGCCAACAUGGGUCAAGUUCAAGUCGGUCUUCUGGCUUUGGACAACAUGGGUCUAGCCCAGGUCAAUCCUCUGGCUAUGACAAAAAUAAAUCUAGGCACAAGAAGACAAGAAUCUACUCAUGGUGAGUCAAGGGAUACCAUGACACAUAACGAGAUUAGUCGUCUAUAUUCUGCAUAA